AUGAGAAAAGAAGAUCAAAUACAUCUCUCGUCCUUACAGAUUUGGAAUGGUAUGGACACUCCUGUUCAUUAGAGCUCUAACAUUUUUAGUGAAAAGUUUAAAUAGAGUUCAGAAUUUCAUUAUAAUUGCAAUCAACCAUUUUGUUUACAGCAUCCUGAAAAAAAAGCUAAAUACGUCUUACUGAAUGCUGAAGGACCAAAUGAAAAGCUUUGUACUAAAUGCGCUGUUGUUUUUGCAUAAUAAGGACAUAAAAUUUAAUUAAUUGAGGAGGAUAAUGCUAAGAAGAAAUAAACUGACUCAUUUAUAGAUUAACUACUCCAGACCAAAAGCGAAAUCGACAACAUCCAUUCAAAUUUCCUGUGCACUGAGGCAAAUUUAAAAAAAUUUUAUAAUGACCAAUAUACUUAGGUAGUUAAAACAUUCGGAAACAUUGAAAAUGUAAAUCUGAGUUACUUUUUGCUUUGUCACAAUAACUCUGGUCAGGAAUAUAGUAAACAAAUUAACUAAAAGUAUAAGCUAAAUAAAUAGAUCAUCAAAUAGCAACAUAUAUUAAUGAUAUUAAGAAUCAUUACGAAAAAAUAGUGUAGAUGA